AUGUGGGAGGCGGACCAUCCUACUCUGAAAUAUGCUGCUAAAAAUCAUUUCUUCCAAGCUCUUUUGUGCUAUCUUUGCAUUGAUGUGCUUGAUGCUCAACAUGCUCUGAAACGCUACGAAGACGCUUCCCCUUCAUUUGCAGACACUCGUGAGGCUAAAUUGAUCAAGGACCUUAUUGCUUGUUUGGAAGAUGGCAACGAAGAGCUCUUCACGGAUACUGUUAAAUCAUUCGAUAAAAUCAGUCGACUUGACCAAUGGCAUACAGGAUUGCUUGUUAAGAUUAAGCGAUCCAUCAGCAAAGAAGAGGAAGAUGAUCUCAAAUAA